GAAGGAGUCGUUUUUACUCAAGAAAUAUCUUGAAUCCCACCAAGAAAAAAUACCAAGGGCCAAACAGUUGGCAGAAGCAUUUAAGGACGUUCUACGCGCCGUUCCUCUAAUAUUCUACGUGAAUGUUGUGAAUCAUCGACAGCAUAAUGAGGAAGUCAACAUUUUCUGGAACGAAAUCGAACAUACGUGUCUAGAGCAGGAAGGAACUUUGCGAACACUACGAUGUCAUGUCAAUAUAAGAAGUAAGACACAAGAUAUGAUGGAGAACAUGGCCGAGGAGACAGUAGAAGAAGCUGAGCUCAAGAAUGCAAGCAAGCGAUUACAUUCUGAGUUCUCGAGAUGUGAACAAAAUGAGGAAGGAUUCUCAACCUCACCAAAUGAGAUCAGAACCUCCAAUAGAAUGUCCCCGAAUGAGAGCCGAUUCACAAUAAGAGAUUCAAAGAUAAUGUUGGAAGCUUUUGAUGAAAAUGUUGCGUCGGAUCUGAAAGAGAAAGCUCAACGAUCUACCACACCUUUUCUGCCGAAAAAACGUGCGCGCAACACACAGCAAGAGGCUGAAAAAGAUGUUACAGAUGAAGAUUUAGCGAAUUCAGUGAUUGAUGCCUCCAACACUUUCGGCAAAGUUGAAUUUCCGUCAUAUUAUAGUAAACUUAAAUCUAUCUGGAACAAUCAAGAUGCUACGAACUAUCAUGUUAUCGAUUUAGGGGAUAAAGAUACAUUAUAUCAGGUUCAUGACCUUUUAGAUGAGGAUGAGUUGAAAGCGUUGUUUAAAAGGUUAAUGUUGGAUGAUGAAGAUAUGCACAUAAAUGAAAAGGCACGUAAAUAUAUAGAGCUGUUUGAUCAGAUUAUGGAGGAAGAGAAUUUGGAAGACAUUUGUGAUGACGAAGUUGUGGACGAAGUAGCUGGCAGUGAUCUUGUAGAUGAAAACAAUGAAGAGACAAAAAAUAUGGAAGGAGAUAACGAAAAGUUUAACAAAUCAAUUGCUAAAAUGAAGGAAAUCGUGCACCAAUUAGAUGGCUUACCCGAAAAAUAUCACUACCUAUCCAAUACUUUUCCCAUGUCAGCACAAUAUUAUGAUCAAUCUAAAAUGUCUGAUAUGUUUAUUGUUAAGAGCGUAUCUAGUCACCUUGAUACUAUCAUAAAGAUGAAUGGUGCUAUGAAAAAUACCCCUGAACGUACAUGGACAGCUCACCGAAGUAUUUCUACAAAAAUAGAUGUUCAAGAAAAUGGUUUUAAAGCUGAUGGUGUAUUAAAGUUUUUCGAGCGACCCAUGCAAAUUCCACUGUUUUUGCUCGAGUUUAUGACAAGAACGGGACUGCCAACGUGGGAAGUAUGUAGUACAUUGAAGGUUUUCUUGGCUCAAGGAUUUGGUGAUAAUAUUGAAAUUGGUCAAAUGAUAUUUAUUGGACCUGGAUUGUACUUGUUCUCACCAUUUACGAUUCCAGCUCUCGUUAUCUCAACUUCUACUGGUAACUUAGAACAUGUACCUCGACUUAUUCGAACACUCUUAUGUUUACGAUAUAAUGUUCUUAAGGAGGUUAGGAUGUUUAAGAAGUUUGCAAAGGAAGGACAGCAACCAUCUUCUACAAAAGAUAUUCCGCAACCUAUCGACUCACGGAGUGAGGGCACUAACGUGCCUGAAGAAAUGAUUAUUCCUGAUGAAAUAAACAUAGCCCAGCGAAAUCUGAAUCUUUAA